AUGCUUAUUAUCGGACCUUGUUAAUCAUACUAAUCAAUCAAAUUACUUGGUUCAGGUUCCUUUGGUCAUGUUUUUUUGGUCAAAGAACUAAAUACUAAAUAAGAAUAUGCUUGCAAAAUUAUUUCUAAGGUCCAUAUUGAAAAAUACGAUGCCAGUUCCAUGAUAUACAACGAAAUCAAGAUUCACACCUCUUGCAAUCACAAAAACAUCGUCAGACUGUAUUCCUACUGGGAGGAUAAUAAGAAUAUUUAUAUACUUCUUGAAUACCUGAGCAAAGGUCAUCUAAUUGAUCCAAAAACACCCUUCAAUGAUGACGAUGUUUUUCAAGUAUUCCACCAGAUUCUCGAGGGAGUCAAUUAUUUACAUUAAAACAACAUCAUUCACAGAGAUUUGAAAUUUGAAAAUAUUUUAAUUCAUGAAGAUGGUACUUUGAAAUUGUGUGAUUUUGGUUGGGCUAUUAAGGUUGAUCAGCUACCAGUUCCAAAUGUAAUGUGUGGAACUACUGAAUACAUGCCGCCAGAAGUUGUAUCGAAAUCUUGUCUUGAUUUCAAGUUAGAUAGUUGGUCAUUAGGAGUUAUUUUAUUUGUUUUAUUAUAUGGUAAAUUCCCAUUCUUAGGAGAAAAUCAAGAUUAGUUGAUAAGAAACAUUUUAUUUGACUAAUUGAUAAUACCAAGAAGGAAUGACAUCAACGAAGAUCUAACUAAUUUAAUUUAAGCAUUAUUAAUUAAGAAUUCACAACUAAGACCAAGUAUCGAAUAGGUUUAUUUAUGUAAAUGGAUGAAAUUCAACAUGAAAUUACAUAACAUUUUUAAUCAUUACGAAAAUGAGUAGCUCAAACAAAAGGUGAAGUAAAAGAAUAUCUCUUUAAAGGUAGUAAAUAACUCACUCUUCUCCACUCCAAAUAAAAAGAUGGUUAGCUCUCAUUAUGUUGAAUCUAAAAAUGAUGAAGAUAAUAAUCCAACAGCAUUUGGAAAAACUCACAAUAGUUGUAGGACUAUCAAAUCUGUAUCGACAAACCCUUCUCCGUAAAUUCCUCAAAUGGAAAAAUUUUUUAAUUUCAUAGAAAAUAUGAAAAAAUAAUGGUGA